AUGGCACUGGACGCAGUGAUCGGAGGAGAUGAGUGGGAUAGAAUCCCAGAUGAUGAGUUGGAGGAGACAAUUAUGGAGAGAAUCGUAGGAUUAGGGGAAAUGUUUCCAAUAUCUGUUCGUAGGAAAGCGCGGUCAUCGGUGGAGUGGACUACUUGGGCCAUCCAGUCAUCGUUUUCAUUGGCAAAAUCACUAAUUUGGAUCGGAGCUACGACUACUAUGAUAACUCUUUUACCAUAUAUAAUUGAAAAAGAGAAAUCAGAUUUAGAGAAAAGCCAGGUUGCACAGCAAAGGCAAUUACUUCUCGGUCCUUCAGCAGCAGUAUCUGCAGCAAAACGAUGA